AUGAAGUAUAUGUUCUUGAUCGCCUCUUUCCUCGGCCUAGCCAUGGCCGCUGGUAACUGUCCUGACUUCCCUUCCUGCCAUUGUCCCGGGGACCUCUGCAGAAUCGGUAGUGGAACCCCCGGCGACGGCGUUUGCUGCGAAGGCAAGAAGUGCGUCCGGAAAUCCGGAAGCGAGAACUGGUACUGCAAGUAA